AUGUAUCAUCAUUUCUUUUUUAUUAUUAUUUAUUUAGCGCCUACACCAUCAUCAUCGAGUCAUUUACCCAAUAAAGGAUAUAAUCGAACAGAUGAAAUCAAACGGUCUAGAAGUUUUGCCUAUGGUUCUCAAUCUCCCACUUCUUCCACAACGCCAACAACUACACCAGUAGCUACACCAACAAUCACAUCGACGACAACAACGUUAGCACCAUCUAUUUAUCCAGCAUUAUUAUCUCGAAUAGCCUACGAGUUUCAACAUAAUAUGAUUUUGGCCGAUCGUUUCAAGAAUGGAAUCGAAUAUAAAAACUGUUUCACUGGUCAAGAAGCUGUGGAUCAACUUAGUCGGAUUAUAGCUACCAAUGAUCGAUUUUUGGCUCUUGUGGUUGGUCGUGCUUUGGGAGUACAAAGGUUUUUCCAUGAUGUUAGUUAUGAAAAUCGGCUUGUUGAUUCGGCUGAGGAAUUAUAUCAACUGGAAGAAACGAAUUUUAUCAACAAACUCAGCAGUGGUACUAGCAGCAAAAACAAUAAUAAAACCAAUAACAAUGAGGAUCACAUGGUAUGUGACAGUCCUACUACUACGCUUUCUCCUGGUGCAACAACAGAAAGUAACAGCAGUGUCAGUGAUCUUUAUGUUCAUCAUCCUGGUGACAAUGACUUUACAAGAUUGAACCAACAUACAGUUGCUUUUCCCAAUGGUAUCAUCACUGAUUUGACCUAUUGUUAUUCCCCCACAUGUUAUGGAAAUUCGCCUUGUUAUAGUUACUCUUGUCCCAAACGCCAAUCAAUGAAGCGUCAUACGAUGACUGGUCAUUUCAAUCAACUAUUACGUCCUCAAGAUCAUCCACUUUGGGCUGAUUUGGUUUCGGAAAAGGAAUACGAUAUCAUCUCCUCUACUGAAAGGAAACGACAAGAAGGGAUCUAUGAACUAAUAUAUACUGAAUCCAAUUAUGUGAAAGAUUUGGAAUAUUUGGAAGAGAUGUGGAUACGACCUUUGACAGAAACUGAGAUCAUCCCUGAAUCAAGACGAGCAAUCUUCUUGGAUUCUGUAUUUUCAAAUCUCAUGUCCAUUUACGCUAUCAACGUACGUUUAUUGACCGCCUUACUUACACGACAAAAAGAACGAUUGGUAGUUCAUGCCAUUGGUGAUAUCAUGCUGGACUUUGUAGUAGAUUUUGAACCUUAUAUCAAAUAUGGUGCACGACAACAUGAAGCGAAAUAUGCAUUGGAACAAGAACGUUACAACAAUCCUCAUUUCGAUUGGUUUAUCAAUGAUACCGAACGACAUCCUGCUUCACAUAAAUUGGAACUCAAUGGCUAUUUGACAAAACCAACCACUCGAAUGGGUAAAUACCUGUUGCUGCUUCACGAAAUUCUGAAACGAACUCCUAACAAUCAUCCAGACUUUGACAAUAUUCCAAAAGCUAUCGCUAUCAUCAAACAAUUUCUGACUCGCGUUAAUGCACAAGCUGGUGCUACCAAGAAUCGAUUCGAUUUGGACAGAAUGCAUGAAUAUCUGACAUUCAAAAACAAAGCUGAUGCUAUGGAUCUAGGAUUACUAAAGGACAAUCGUGUGAUCAUCAAGCAAGGUACUUUACGAAAAACUCCUAACAACGAUUCCACGGAAUAUCAAGUGAUCCUAUUAGAUCAUUACCUUGUGGUGGCAAAAGUGAAAGUAGGACGUGGUGGUACAUUGAAAUACGUAGUACAAAGGCGACCCAUGGCUCUGGAUCUAUUGACGGUGUUUGUACCUAAGGAAAUCAAGGAAUAUACCUCUAGUAACGUGAAACCAGCAUCGAUCACCAUGACACCUACUACGACCAUUAUACACGAUCGUGAACGCAAAGUUGGCUAUCCUAUUGUAUUUGACUAUUUGGGAAGACGUAGUGAUACGGAUGUUCUGAUAUUGUAUGCUACCUCGGAUGCCACUAGGAAACCUUGGGUUGACAAGAUCACCAAGCAACAAGAAGAUCGUCAACAAAGGAACAAGCCAGUGUUUGAAUUAGUGUCUGCUGUUGAACCUGGGCAUUUUGAUUUAUCGAUUCGAAUCAAUCAUAUCAUUACUUUUAAUAACGGUCAACAAUAUCUUCUUGCUACUGAUGAUGGUGUUUAUGUGGGACAUACCUCUGGGAAAAAGAAACCUCACAAGGUCCUUGGCUUGCCUAAAGUAACACAAAUACAAGUAGUAGAGCAAGCGCAAAUAUUACUUGUAUUGUCGGAUCGAACAUUGUAUGAGUAUGGAUUGGAUGUGGUCAACGGUAAACCAGAAUUACAGCCAUUAGGAAAACGUGUACAAUCCCAUGUGCCAUUUUUUUAUGUUGGACAGUCUUUGGAACGAACUCUUGUUUGUGUGCCCCGUGUCUCUAGUCUCAAAUCGACCAUCACUACUUUGGAACCCAUCAACAACAAUGGACUUGUUAGUAAUGAUAGUACAACUCUGUCAUCAUUGCCUUCUCUUCAUUUACGAUUGAAACGGCUCAAGGACUUUUACGUUCCGUGUGAUAUAUGGGCUAUUGAAUUAUCUCCAAGCAAAAUGUUGAUUACGUCUCCUCGCGGUAUGAUUAUGGUAGAUAUGAAGACUGAUAAACCUCAACAACUCCUUGACCCUGAUGACAAGCGAUUAACCUUUGUGACAGACCGUGAAAGAGAAGAAUCAUCUCAAAUUCGACAACCUUUGAAGCACAUUGCCAUUUUCCGGACACCUCGUGGUGAUCAUUUUGUUUGUUAUGAUGAAUAUGGAUUCUACAUUGAUGGGAAAGGGAACAGAUUGUAUCCGAACUUUUUAGUGGAAUGGGAAGGUAACCCAGAGGCAUUUGCAUGUCAAUACCCUUAUGUGAUUGCUUUUGAACCCUCCUUUAUUGAAGUGCGACAUAUCAUCACAGGUGAAUUGGAACAAAUCAUUCGUGGAUCUCAUAUUCGAUGCUUGAACAAUGGUCACAAAACGGAAAAACCAUUGAUCUUUGGAGUCAUGUCAGAUGGACAACAAUCUUCGAUCUUUGAACUUAGGAUGACUUCAUCUUUCAAGAAACGACAUCAAUCACCCUCUGCACCACACAGGAACGAUCCAGCUUUAUCUACUAUGUCUACUUCAUCUGCCAUCCCUGUUUGA